GUAAACUAAACAACCAACGUACAUAUUAAAGUAGAAGAUGUGUCAUUAUACACAGUGUUAGUCCAUUGACUUAAUUAAGAAGGACUUUACAGAAAAGGUUUGGUGAAUUAUUGUGUUAAGAUCUCCAUCAUGUCCAGAUUUAGCGGAGUUGAUGCAAAUGUGCUGGCACAGACUAUAAGUUCAAAUAUCCAAAGAAUAACAUUGCUAACUAAUGAAAUCCAGCAGAUGAUGAGACAUUUUGGAACAGCACAAGACACAACUGACCUGCGACACACAUUACAGGAGAAACAGCAGAAAGUCAAUCAGCUUGCUAAAGUGACAGACAAAUGCAUGAAAGAAUACAGUGUUUUACCUGUGACCACAGAACAGCGGCAAAGAAAAAUCCAUCGAGAACGUCUAAUCACUGAAUUCUCCAAUGCCCUGGCCCUUUUCCAGAAAGCUCAGCGAGAGGUUGCAAAGAAAGAGAAGGAGUUUGUGGCGCGUGUCCGAGCGAGCUCAAGAAUUUCAGGUGGAGACAUAGAUGAUGGUUUUGGAGGAUUUCCAUCCCGCUUUCAAAGUGAGAUUCAUGCUCAAGAUCAGAGAUAUGAGGAGACCAUCACAGAAGAAGAUCUGCAGCUCAUUCAGGAGAGAGAAUCAGCGAUCAGACAGCUGGAGUCGGACAUCACAGACAUUAAUGAAAUCUUCAGAGAUCUGGGCAUGAUGGUGCAUGAACAGGGAGACAUGAUUGACAGUAUAGAGGCCAAUGUAUCAAAUGCAGAGAUGAAUGUGCAGACGGCCACACAACAGCUGGGUAGAGCAGCAAGUCACCAGACGUCAUUCCGCAAGAAGAUUUUCAUCCUGAUCGCUGUUCUGAUUGUGUUUGCUGUCAUUAUUGGUUUGAUUAUCUGGGCUUCUGUCAAAAACUAAAUUUGACCAUCAGAUGUCCCACAGCAUUUGUACUGGCAUUAGUUAUGGAGGUUUGUCACUAACUAAAGCUGUCCUGACUUGCUUUCUAAAUACAGUUAAGAUAUUGUCACUAAUAGAAUGUUUAAUACAAGUUGAGCUCUAAGGACAGUAACUUUAGUGUGCAGUUCCUUACCACAGAAACUUAUUUUAACUCCAUUUGUUAAAAGGGUCCUAUUAUGCUCUUUGACAAAGUCUUGAUUUUGUUUUGGGGGUGUACAAGAACAGGCUCUCAUACUAGGUUGUU